AUGGGGGCUGGUGUGAUAAUUCAAGAUGUUGAGGGGGAAGUCCUUGCAGCCUUGAGUAUGCCAAGAUCAAACAUUUCUUCUCCAGGUUUUGCUGAAGUUAAUGCAUUGUGGAGAGCCAUGCAGUUGGGAGCUGAGUUAGGAAUUGAGCAUACUAUUUUCAAAGGGGAUGCUUUGGGAAUAAUAAGGGCAGUAAAUAGUAAAGAUGAGAAUUGGGAAUGGAAUGGCCCGAAGGUGGAGGUCAUCAAAGCAGUCCUUGCAAACAGACCCUUUUGGAAGAUCCAGCACACUUAUAGGGAAGGAAACAAGGUAGCUGAUUUUUUAGCAAAAUUUGCUUAUACUGUAAAUAAAGAAAAGGUUUGGAUAGAAGAUGGCCCUGGGGGCCUUUAUAGCUUUGUAAUACAAGACAAGAUUGUAAUGUCUGAGUAUGAAUGA